AAGUGCUAUGCUGCAGGUUCAGCCUCCAAAGCACUAUGGCAUUACCUCUCCCAUUAGUUGUGUUGGUCCCAAAGAAAUUGAUUAUAUCUUCUCUCAAAAAUUGAUGGAGGCAAUGAAACCUUUUGGGGUAUUUGAAGACGAAGAAGAACUAAGUCACAGGAUUGUGGUCCUAGGGAAAUUGAAUAGUCUAGUAAAAGAGUGGAUUGCUGAACUUGGUGAAUGCAAGAACAUUCCACCUACAGUUAUAACUGCAGCUGGUGGCAAGAUUUUCACCUUUGGCUCUUAUCGACUUGGGGUACAUACUAAAGGUGCUGACAUUGAUGCACUGUGUGUUGCUCCUCGACAUGUUGAACGCUCAGACUUUUUUCAGUCUUUUUCUGAGAAACUGAAGCUUCAAGAUGGGAUUAAAAAUGUGAGGGUAGUGGAGGAUGCCUUUGUACCAGUUAUAAAAUUUGAAUUCUUGAACAUUGAGAUCGAUUUGGUGUUUGCUAGAUUACCGUUGCAAUGUAUUCCAGAUAAUUUGGAUCUACGGGAUGAUUCCCGUUUGAGGAGUUUAGACAUCAGAUGUAUAAGAAGCUUAAAUGGUUGCAGAGUUACAGAUGAAAUUCUUCAUUUAGUACCAAACAAAGAAACCUUCAGAUUGACCCUUCGAGCAGUUAAGCUGUGGGCAAAAAGUAAGUUGGUGUGUUCUGGUUUUAUGCUUUUUGUAUGUUUACUACCCAAUAAUGACUAUAUAAAUCUUGCUAAAUUUGUUUUUAAGACUUAUUUCAGUUGGGAAAAUCAUUUUCUUUGUUGAAUCUAAAAUGAUAAAUUAUAUUUUCUUUCAUGUAAUUGGCAAGAGUCCAUGAGCUAGUGACGUAUGGGAUAUACAAUCCUACCAGGAGGGGCAAAGUUUCCCAAACCUCAAAAUGCCUAUAAAUACACCCCUCACCACAUCCACAGUUAAGUUUUACAAACUUUGCCUCCUAUGGAGGUGGUGAAGUAAGUUUGUGCUUGAUUUUUAUGAUUUCUUCUAUGAUAAGCACUUCUAAGCAUUCUGAAGCCCAAUGUUAUAACUACAAUAUUUAAAUGUUGUGUAGCUGUAAUAGCGGAACAACCACAGGAAAGACUUAGCCUGCAGUGUCAGUAUUAAUACAGCACUUUAAUAGUAAUGGAUGAUUCCCAGCAGCGGUGUAAGAGUGAA